UCGUGCCAGCCCCAGACUCUCCCCACUCAGGUCCCCCCUCCCCUGCCUCUUGGGACUGGCUCACCCACCUCCUGCAGCCUUGGGGAGCCCUGGGGGGAAGAGGGCGGGUGGCUUCUGGGCUCUUCAGCCAGAACCCCUGAUCGACCGACAGCAAUUCGUUCAGUGACUGUUCAAAGUUACAACAGCAUUGAAAAAAGUGACUUACGACCAUUUUUCACACUUACGACCGUUGAAGCAUCCCCACGGUCGUCACAUGAUCAAAAUUUGGACGCUUAGAAACUGACUCCUAUUUAUGACGGUCGCAGUGUCCCAGGGUCACACAACCCCUUUUGUGACCUCUUGGCAAGCAAAGUUAGUGGGGAAGCCGGAUUCAUUCAACAGCCGUGUGACUCACUUACCUGCAGUAAUUCACUUAACAGCUGUGGCAAGAAGGGUCGUAAAAUGGACCAUAAUUCACUUAACAAAUGUCUCGCUUGGCAAUGUGACUUUUGGACUCAAUUGUGGUUGUAAGUCGAGGACUGCCUGUCUUCUGAAGCUGAGAAGCAAAGUGUGGAUCACCCACUUUGGACCUCUCGGAGUCUGCCCAGAGCAGGGGACCCUCCUCAGAUGGGCAGGGGGGCCCCCCAGGACUCUCCAAGUCCCGUCAGUCAAGACUGCUGGAACUCGGCCACCACGUUCCUCCUCUGAGCUAGACAACGCCUUAAAUAGGCACCUUACGGGACAGGCAGUCCUUGACUUAAAGCAAUUCGUUUAGUGACCGAAGUUACAACAGCACUGACAAAAGUGACUUUUGACCGUUUUUCACACUUAGGACCAUUGCAACAUCCGUCACCUGAUCAAAAUUCAGACACUUGGCAACCGACUCACAUUUAUGACGGCCGAAGCGUCCCCGGGGUCACGUGAUCCCCUUUUGCGACCUUCUGACCAACAAAGUGUGCAGGCGGGUCCUUGGGGGGGAACAGACCCCAGACAACUGAGUGCACCCCCUUCCUUUCACGGGAGGCUGCUUGGGGGGGGCAGAGACCUUAGGAAGCCCCUGGCUCUCUUUUCCUCACCCCCCCGGAAACUUUUGGAGAUUCCUUUCCUUCUCCUCCUCCUUCACCUUCUUUUUCUUCUGCCUCUUCCUUCUCCUUCCUCCUUCUUUCCUCCUUCCUUCCUCCUCUCUUCUUUUUCCUCUUCCUUUUCUACUUCUCACUUUCCUUUCUCCUUCCUUCCUUCUUCCUCGUCGUCUUCUCCUCUCUUCCCUCCUCUUCCCCUUUCUCCUCCUCCUACUUCACCUGCUCCUUCCUUCCUUCCUUCCUCCUCUCUUCCUCACCUUCAUCCCUCCUCCUCAACUCUGUCCCUUGUAGCACUGAUGAUGUUCCCUAGUUGGGUCACGCAACGUCUGCAAGGAAACAGCCAAACUCGGAGAGCGCCGAGGACCCCCUUAUUUCAACCUUGAGCUACAAAUAUUCUCCGUUGUUGGCAGUUUUUGCCUGUUUGCAUAAAGACCCCCAGAGACUGCCUAGAUGCGGCUUGUAACUUUCCCACCAGAGUCUCCAGCCAAGCCAUCCAGCUGUUGCACUGCAGGUCCCAUCGGCCCCAGCCAAAGGCAUUGUAGUCCAAGCGACCGGAGGGAAAGUACAGCCAGCCCGAGUCUGCGCCCGCGGGCGCCAGCAGGGAUUUAGAGGCGGGGCGGGAGCGGGUGAGUUAUGCAGCAGGGGGCGUGGCUUGGCUGCACGUAGCCACUCCGGUGCGAGCUCCAGAAGGCCCCGCCCUUUGGGCGGAUUUUCCCAGCGCGGGAACGUCUUGAAUGCCGACUAGGGGCGGGGCCUCCCAGGCGGGAGGGCGGGGCGGCCCCCCUGGGUUUUGCAUAAGGGGCGUGGCCGGAGGGCUGCCGGCGGGGGAUUAGCGGCGUGGGGCUUUACGUAAGCGGGAUUACCGCGGGGCCUCCGCUCCUCGGAGAGCGCCCACCGGCCGCAGCCCAGAUGGGGGCCGCGGGCAGCAACCCCGCCGGGGAGCCGGCCGAGCGGGGCUUCCCCCCGAAGUUGCGGGGCCACGGCACAGGUGCCCUGCCCGACGCUUUGUGGGUACGAAGUUGGAAACGCCUCCUCUCCCACCUGGGUGGGACUCUGCUGGGUCUGGAGCAGGCCUUGGCCCCCCAAAGCCCCCCGAAAAGAGAGCUGGCGCAGGGGGACAAGAAGACCCCCGAUAUGGCGGGUGCCGAGUGGCCCACGGCCCCCCACGCCUCGCUCUUCCUGCCGGAGUUUCCUGUCCAGCCUCCACUGCAGCAGCAGCAACUCAAGAUUCUGGGCUUCCUGGCCAAGGGCACCUUUGGGACCGUCCUCAAAGUGCUGGAUAGCUCUCAAGCGAAGGUCUUUGCGCUGAAGGUGGUGCCCAAAGUGGAGGUGCUUCGCAGGGACAGCGUGAGGCAGUGCAAGGAGGAGGUCAGCAUCCAGAGGCAGGUGCGCCACCCGUUUCUCCACUGUUUAGGAGACAGCUGGCAGGGGAAACAUCAUCUAUUCAUUAUGUGCAGCUACUGCAGCUCCGGGGACCUCUUCACGCUGUGGAAGACGGCCGGGCCAUUGGCCGAAGGUGCCAUCCGACUCUUUGCCACGGAGCUGGUGCUGGUGUUGGCCUAUCUUCACAACCAGGGUAUCGUGCACCGGGACAUCAAGAUGGAAAACAUCCUUUUGGAUGAACAAGGUCACCUGAAGCUGGCUGAUUUCGGCCUCUCGCGGCAUCUGCCGUGGGGCAGGCGAGCCUUCACCAUCUGUGGGACCCUCCAGUACAUGGCCCCAGAAGUGCUGAGUGGUGGUCCAUACGCCCACGCUGCCGACUGGUGGUCCCUGGGGGUGCUGCUGUUUGCAAUGGCCACUGGACAGUUCCCUGUCUCCCCGGAGCGAGACCACCUGGCCAUGUUGCGGAGCGUGAAACGCAGCACAUACGCCAUCCCGGCUGGGCUCAGCUGGGGCCUUCGUCUCCUGCUCAGCGAGCUCUUGUGCAAGGACCCUCAACGCCGACCCUGCCGUCUUCACCACUUCCAUGCCCACCUCUUCUUCCGUGGCAUGAGCUUCGAUGCCGACACCCUCAGGAAGCAACCGGCAGAUUUCGCCCUGGGCUGGCAGCAACUCCAGAGCCCCCCAAUGGAGCCCGCUGCCUUCUUGGAGUUCGACUGUGAUCUGGGCGGAUCCUGAGCCACCGGCAUUCCCAAGGGUCACAGCGCCCCAGCGGUGCCUGCGAGACACUCUUGGCAGGCGCAUCUUGGCACGGCUCCUCGGGCCGAAACCCCACCGUAGACCCCCAAGGCGGUUCCCCCGUUACCACCAGCAGGAUGUGGGCACCGGUUUUCUUCUUUCCAGCCCUCGUGGAGCUUUUUGGGAAGGCUUGGGGUGGGGUGGGGACCACCAAGAUUGGGGGUCGGAAGAGGCAGAUUUGCAGAGCAGGAUGGGAGGAGGGCACCCCAAAGGAUGGGAAUAUUCUCUUCUUCCUGCUGUUUAUAUAUUGUUACAGGUAGUCCUCGACUUACAACAGUUCAUUUAGUGACCAAACAGCACUGAAAAAACGGACUUGGGUCUUAAGGGACUUAAGCCGGAUUCACUUAAUAGUCGUGUUCCUAACAAUUUCAGGGAUUCAUUUACCAACUAGGGCAAGUAAGGUCGUAAAAUGGAGCAAACUCACUUAACGAUGGUUUUGCUCAGCAAUAGGAACUUUGGGCUCAAUUGUGGUCGUAAAUUGAGGACUAUCUAUAUUGGUUCAGUCUUCUUUUUACCAGUUUACAGACUACAUCCAUGCUUUGCAGUGGGUUUUGCUCUCUGUCUCACAGCGGAAAUCUGUUUUUGGGGUCUCUGCAGGGGUCCCUGCUUGGUCUUCAGGGGGAGGGGAAACUGUUCAGGGUCUGGGGGUGAUACUCAGGGUUUACAGAAUAAAUAGCUCAUUCUAAUCCAGGGGUCUCCAAACUAGGAACUUUAAAAUUUGUGGACGUCAGCUCCCAGAAUUCCCUGGCCAGCUGGCUAGGGAAUUCUGGGAGUUGAGGUCCACAAGUCUUUAAAUUCCCACGGUUAGACACCCCUGGUCUAAUCCUUGUUUAAGUUGCUUAAAAAUAAACCAGCAAAAUGAAUCCCUUGCAAUCUGCUGAGCCAGGUUUCUCUUUAGGAUUUAGUUUUUCACACUUUCUUCUUUUUCCCCACUUAUGUUGAUGUUGUAUCAAGUAUAUGUUAGCACACACAUAUAUAUCUUUUCCCGUUAGUUCAAAGCAAUAAAAGACUUUUC